GAAACCCUUAUGAAGGAUGCACACAACACAAGUGUAGGUGCAGAAGAAGAGACCCAACAUCAAUGGCCUUCAUGCGGGAGAUUGAAUGGAGAAGAAUGAAAAGUGAUGGGCUAUUGAAAAACAUUUUGGAUGUGGAUAAGAAUUGGAUUUGUUUAAAUAAGAAAGUUAAAAAGGAUAUUGUCCGAGGAAGAAGCAACAAACACAUGAUGUAAUAUAGAGAAAAGAAGAAAGAAUUCUAAAACAACAUUGUUGCUGUGUUUUUGUUUCUAGAGAGAGACGGUGAGAGAAGAAUAGAGAAAAAAAUUGAUUGGUUGUUUUUAAACUAUGACGUGUUAUGUUCGUUUGCAUCUAAGAAUUUCUCUGUGGAAUUUACAAAUUCACAUAAGAUUUUCACUUUUUAUCAAGCGUCUUUACCCUGUCUCCUCUUCGACACAAUACUCACUCUCACUGUUCCCACAUAACAUUGUCAAGCCAUGUUGAAGAAACUGUUUCUUUCCCAGAAUGUUGUUUUAUGUCUCAUCACAACAAAAUCAACAACCCCAAAAUUCAACAACCCUCUUUUCAACCAACACUUGUUGUUCCCAAUUUCACUCAGAAGCUUCUGCACAUCGGAAUCAGACACACAACCAUUUGCUGUAUCAUACCUCGUCAACAAAUUUGGUUUCUCACAUGAAUCGGCUCUCAAAGCUUUCAACAACAGACAGGUUCGUUUCAAUACCCCAGAUAAUCCUGAUUCUGUUAUCACCUUCUUUCAAAACCAUGGCUUUUCACACGAUAACAUACGCAUCAUCAUCACAAAAGCACCAUGGUUACUUUCAUCACAACCCCACAAAAUGGUAUUGCCAAAGUUUCAAUUUUUACUCUCCAAAGGUGCUUCUUCCUCUGAUAUUAUUCGCCUGUUAACUGCAAAUCCUAAAAUUUUACAAAGUAGUUUGGAGAAACGAAUAAUCCCUCUUUUUCAAUUGUUAAAUAGGUUUUCGAAAACCAACAAGGAUACCAUUGUUUGCUUAAUUCGAAAUUCACUAUCGUUUAUUAUUUAUCCCUAUCAUGUUCUAGAGGCUAAUAUCAAUUUGAUGAUUGAAUUUGGAGUUUCUGAUUCUAACAUUGCUAGAUUGCUUCAAACAAGGUCAUCUAUAUUUGGUUCAACUGAUUUGAUUAAGUCAUUAGAGGAAGUUAAGUGUUUAGGGUUUCAUCCUUCAAAGACUACUUUUGGGGCUGCUUUGAUAGCCAAGAAAUGUAGUAAAAAACUUUGGGAUGAGAAAGUUGAUGUCUUUAAGAAAUGGGGCUGGUCUGAUGAAGUUGUCAUCCGAGUAUUUAGGUUUCAGCCUAAUUUAUUGGGUGCUUCCAAUGGUAAGAUUAAUUUGUUGAUGAAUUUUUGGGUCAAUCAAUUGGGUUGGGAUUCCUUGGCACUUACUAAAUGUCCACUUAUGUUUGGUUAUAGUUUACAUAAAAGGAUCAUUCCAAGGGCCUCAGUUUUGCAAUUUCUUUUGAUGAAAGGUUUGCGAAAAAAGAAUGCAAGCUUAGUUACACCAUUUACUUAUUCCGAGAAAUUGUUCUUGAGCAAGUGUGUUUUAUGCUUUAAGGAGGAGUCUGAUUAUCUAUUAAAGCUAUAUGAGGAAAAAAUGAAAUUUGCACACACAAUGGAAAACGAUGGCAUGGCAUUCACUACAACAACAACAACCAAGCCUUAUCCCACUAAAAGGGGUCGGCAAUGGCAUGGCAUUCACUAAUUAGGCAGUUUCAUAAUCUUCUCUUGAAAUGCAACCUUAGCUUGUCAGUCCAUACCACCACUUCACACUCAUUCACUGUGUCUUAUCUCAUCGACAAAUUCGGGUUCUCGCUUAAAUUCGCACAAAGCUUUCAAAUUCGGAUUCUCGCCUAAAUUCGCACUCAAAGCUUCCAAACAACUUUGUUUCAAAGGAUCAUUCCAAGAGCAGCUGUUGUGCAAUUUCUUCUGAAUAAAGGUUUGAGAAAUAAGAAUGCAAGCUUAACUUGUCCUUUUGUAAUGUUUGAGAAGUUGUUCGUGAUAUGUUAAUCAAAGGUAUUAAGAAGGAGUAUUCCUAUCUAUUAAAGUUGUAUGAGGAAAAACUCAACCUUGCAUACACCAGGGACAAAAUAUGUAUGUCACAAUUAGAUUUUAAGGUAUGUCUUCGUAUGUUAUUCCAUAUUCUAUUUGAAAUUUAUUUUGUAAUUACUGUGAUUCGAGCUAGUUUAGCUUUGCUUACUUGGACAUAUGUUCUUUUUUUUUUACUGAUAUUUUUCAAAAUCCUAUUGUUUAUCAGUCUUAAAUCGAAUAAUUUGCCUGUACUGUCAAAGUUGAAUUUUCUUGCAUUUAUGGGCAUGUAGUACUAUUUUUGUGUCAUUCUCCUUUCAUGUUGGUUUUGUCCAAUAAUCUAUUGCAUAAACUCAGCUAUACCAGAUUAUGUUUUUGAACUUAAAGUGGCUUUAGGUUUUAGCUGUAAUUGUAAUUUCUUUGCAAAUACCAAAAGUCCAAAUAGUCAUGGAUAAAUACAGCCGUAAUUAUGGUAGCUGUGCAAUUGUGAAGACCUUUCAUUCACCGGUACUGAAGCUGCGUUUGUGUUUGGCUACAAUUAUUUAAAUUUAAAAUACUUAACAUUUAGCAACUUAGCAUUAUGCCAUAUAUAGUCUUAUAUGGAGGUACUUUAUUUUCCUCAAUGACUUUUGGAUAUUCUAAUUGCCCUGAAUGCUGCCCAGCCCUUUCUUGGUGAUGACUGUGAAUAAUAUCAGUUAAGCUCUGCUUAUCCUACAUAUGAUAUUGAUUCUACAUAUGUUUGUAUAGAAGCAGAGGUGUAUAGGUUUUCCAAUGUUUGAGCCCACAAUAGCAAAAGAAAGCAAAUGUAAUGAACUGUUUAACCAUGUCAUAUUAUGUGUAAUAACUGUUUACAAUAGUGAAGCUACAAUUAUUGUUGUGGGCUACGGUUAUGUACAAUACUUGGCAGUUAGCCUUAUGCCAUAGUCAUAUCAGGUCUAACAUAGCACUUGAUUUUGUCUCAUAUUAUUGUCUGUACUUUGGCUAGCUAAAAUGGAUAGUGGAGUCAAGUUCAAAUAUCCAAGGUUAUUUAUUUAUUUACUUACCUUUUAAAAUUACAGUAUGUUUUAAAUUCCUCCUUCAUUGCAGUCUACCCUCUCUACCUAAUAGUGGCAUUUGAGUUGUAUUCAUUGCAGCCUCCAAUACCUUCAUUGUGAUGGGUGUAAAGGGCUGGAUUUAAUCCCACAUUGCAUAGAUAUAUGGCCUAUGAGGUGUUUAUUUUGAGGAGAUGUUUCACUUAGUUGCUUUUGAAUAUUGUCUAUUGUCUUGGACACUUAUAACCUAGUAUUAAGGAAGAUUUUAACUUACCUCUUAUUUUGUUUACCACUCACACUUUUUCACUCUGAAAUGGGAAGAUUUUUUGUAGUAUAUCACCUAUAAGGAAGAAGCGUUCGUUUAACUGGAAAGGAUGUGGAACAAAACUUUGUUGUGUUUUAGUGUAUGUAUGAAAUUAGCUUCUUUGCAACGAAAAGUAUCAUUAUGUUCUUUAUUAUUUUUUAAGUGUUUAACAUUGGAUAAAAGAUGAUGAACAUGUGUUUAUAAGUGGGGGCAAUGUUUGCUCAACCACAAUUUCCAUUAUAGUAAUUGUUAUUGUAGAUAUUUAUAAAUUCCCUUUUCUUUUGGCGGAGGAUAUUGAUAAAUAUGCAGUCUUUUAUUUUGGGUUUUUGAGUAAUGGUGGUGUUUGCCAAAGUUUUAUGUAA